UCAGCCGGCUGCGGCGGGCGCGCAGAUCAGCUGGAGCUCGCGGCUGCCGGGACUGGAAUGGGGGGUGGGGGAGGGCGGGGUAAGAGGUCAGUGCGAGGAAGGGCCACGCCAUCGACGACAACAGCCAAGGAGGAAGAGGAGGAGGAGGAAGAAGAAAAAGAAGAGGAAGAAGAAGGGGCUCUCCCCUACGACGAGGACGAGGACGAGGACGAGGGGGAGGAGCUGCAGGCUGCCAGGCUUCCGCGACUGCAGGUCCGCGGCAGGACGCACCCCCGGGCUUGCCUGUCCCGCCAGCCCAGUAUGACGCCUUGGAGGCUGCUCCGCUGCUGCCAGUGGACCGCGGCCUGGGUGCCCGUGCUCUUCAUCGCAGUGGUCAUCUGCUGGUCCUACUACACCUUUGUGGUGGAGCUCUGCCUCUUUACUAUUGCUGCACAAGAAGAAGAAGGAAAGGCAGCUGUCUACCUUGUGAUUUUCCAUCUGUCGUUUGUCUUGUUUAUGUGGUCCUAUUGGAAAACAAUUUUUACACCUCCCAUUUGCCCCUCCAAAGAGUUCUUUUUAUCUCAGUCCGAUGAAGAACGUUAUGAAAAGGAAGAAAGACCUGAAGUACAACAAGAAAUUUUGAAAAGAGUAGCAAAAGAGUUACCUGUCUAUACUUUGACUUCAACAAGAUUAAUUAGAUACUGUGAAAAAUGUCAGCUGAUUAAGCCGGAUCGAUGUCACCACUGCUCCGUAUGUAACAAAUGUGUUCUUAAGAUGGAUCAUCAUUGUCCUUGGGUGAAUAACUGUGUGGGAUUUGCUAACUACAAAUACUUCCUGCUUUUUUUAUUUUAUUCCCUUUUGUAUUGUAUUCUGGUGACCUCAACGGUUUUAGAAUAUUUUAUAAAAUUCUGGACGACCAACCUAAGAAACACACGUGCACAAUUCCACGUCCUUUUUCUUUUCUUUGUGGCUACUAUGUUCUUCAUUAGCAUCCUAUCACUUUUCUGCUACCACCUCUGGCUAGUUGGAAAAAAUAGAACAACAAUAGAGGCAUUCCGUGCACCUGUAUUUCUAAACGGGCCUGACAAAAAUGGUUUCUCUCUUGGGUGGAGUAAAAAUUGGAGACAGGUGUUUGGAGAUGAAAAAAAAUAUUGGUUAUUUCCCAUCUUUACAAGUUUAGGUGAUGGUAUUAAUUUCCCAACUCGCCUCAUGAUGGAAACAGAGCAGGUUACUGGCACAAAUCACCAUGAACACACCAGGAGUUCUGGAUCAACUCAAAACUUUUCUGUGGGGCCACUUAGUGAAUCAAAAAAUUUCUUGUUGGCCACUGGAUCAGAACAAGAUGUCAGAUCAGGGAUAAAGAACCAUGUUUCAGUUUCGAUAGAAAGUUGAUGGUCUGUUAACCUUUGAAUGAGACUAAGGUUUAUGCAACAUAUUCUGCUUGAAUUCUUUUUUUAUUUUAUUUGGAAGAAGUGAUCAGUGGAAUGAAACGAAUCAAAUAUUACAUAAGAUGUAUGAAAAUGAAGUCUCUGUACAGAUAAGUUGAUGCUCAUAAACAUUACUGCUGAGCAGGAAAUAAGACAGAUGCCUUAAGAACCUUAAAUUUGUGUUUAUGCAACACUGACUUACCCUGCUCCGAAAGUGACUUGACUUUUUAAAAAUAAUUACUUCAUAAAAUGCAAUAGUAUGUUUUAUCACGUUUAGCUUAGUGUCUAAUUUUUUUAAAGCAUGAAUAACAUCACAGUUAUCUUAGCAUAUAUAAAAAUUGAUACUCCAGAAAAACAAAUAGAAUUUUGAUAAUAGGAAGUAGGUACAGGUAGAGGUACAGGUAGAGGUACAGGCACAGGCAGCUCUAUACAUGGCUGAAAUUCAUUACUAAGAAUAGCAUUCCUCUUAAAGAUUUGUACUAUAUAAGAAAUAAGAUUACGGAGAAUUCUUGCUUUUUAUACUGAACGUUUGCAAGUUUUUAAAUAGUUUUAUACUGUUAUCAUUUUUAAUAAAGGCCUUUUUUAUUAGUGGUUGUGAAGUACCACUCAGAAGGAAUUCAAAUACCUGACUACAGUCAUUAAAUAAGCCAACAUUCAUAGGUCCUAGUCAUUUGCCAUGCAGAGUAGCAUGUGACAGGGGCUUAAUGGAAACCUGGCACUGUGGAGCUAAAAGGAUAUUUUAGCCUUAUUCUGUUUUCUGGAGAUAUUCAGGGGAUUUUGUACAAGUAGGGAAACUCCGAAGUACAUUUGCUGCAUGAAGAUUCUUAUGUCCUUUUAGUAAUAUGGGGAACACUUAGUAGGUAGAGGACCAAGACAUAAGUAAACUUGGGCAGGGCAGGGCAGUGACAUUUUCCCUACAUUUUUUUAGGAUGUAAUAAAUACAUUGAAAUUGUUUUAGUGUCAUUUAAAUUCCAUUUAAAUUAGAAAAUUAUUAAGGGAAAUUAUUCUGUUCCACUAAUGAGGUGGAAACUGGCUGACCUCAGGAAAUAUAGAAUCUAAAUUGUGUAGUCCAUUACCACUUCAACACAAUAUUCCUCGCUUCCUAAGAAAUGAAAUCUAGCUUUGAAUGUUGGUUGGAUGAAAACUUUUUUGGAGAGGUGUUUCUUUUAAAAUCUAAGGAACACACAAGUUGUGGGUUCAUCUUCAUUAAUAUAUAACAUGUAUUUAUUAAUUGGAAAUAGCAUAGGAAUAGUGUCUGCUAUUUUUCAAGGUUUAGCAUCUGAGAUAUUCCCCCACCCCGAGUCAAAACUACUCAUUGUUUCUGGUAAAGAGUUUUUAAAAGUUUAAGCCUAUUAAUUUAUCUAAACAUAGGUGUCAGAAAAGUUAUCUCAUACACCACCUCCCUCUCCAAAAAAAAGAGCCUACAUACGUUAUUUAGUAAAUGUUUCCAAAAUGACAUAACCAGUUCAAGCAUUAUUAUUUAAUUCCAUAUUUUAGCACUAAUUAAUAUUGAACAUUCUGGUCUUACUUUUCAGAUGACUUACCUAAUUUUUGAAUUUUCAACUAAUACCAGCUUUCAAAAUUAUCUACUUGCUUGAGAAUGAAAGGAAUAAAUAAGCUUUAAAAAUCCAAUUUCUUAAGUCUAGAGUAUUAAUUUAUGUUCUUUUUUAAUCCUUCAUUCUUAUUAGGCUUUGCUCAAAUUUGAAUCAGUCUUAAAUAAGAGAUAAAAGAAACUUCAUUACCAGUCAAAUGUACCGUUUAAUCUGACAGCAUUCACUUUAGAUAUCUAUAGAUAAAUGUUCAAAUGAUUUGAUUGUAAUCAGAAAUAUUCUGCUGGUGCUUCUGUCCAUUGUUUGGCCUUUCAUAUUUAGGAAGACAUAUCUUUGAUCUGCAUGUUUUUCAUCAUCAGAUUUGUGCAGGUACUUUUAUGGUGCUUGAUAUCGCUUUCAAAUUCUUUUACUUCAAUUACUUCUUUGAAAAACUAGCACAGUAAGCUCUAACCCCAUCUGUUAUUGUAAGCUUGUGUAGUUUGGAUUUGACUUACCAGCAUGUAUGAUCUGAUCUUAGUGUAUGUCAGUCACAUUAGCACCAUUCUGGAGUAAUAUUUGACUAAAUAUUUGCCUGUUUCCUAAUGACCCAGUACUGAAGAAAUCAGGGGCAGUGAGUAGACUGGUUUGGGGAAGGCUGCUACAUCUGUAUUUAUUCUGGCAUUGACUAAUACUAUUAAUCAAUUUCAAGAUAAUAGAUUUUUUAAAAAUGAUUAUCUGUUUACAAAUCAAAAGUACCAUUUUUUCCUUUGAACACCUAAAACAAUUAGAAUAAUUGAAGAAAGUAAAAUUGAAUUCUAAGUGAUGUAGUUAUUCCUUUUAGUUAACAAAUUAGAAAAGAUUCUCAUUUUGCCAGUAUUUCUUAAAUUUAGCUAGACAUUCAGCAUCUACAGCACCCUAUCAGUAUCACUACAUGAAACCAAAGAGCAGCUGAACAUGUUUACAAAAGUCCAGGUUCAUCUUUAUGUAGGGGUCUGCUUUUAAUGUAUCUUUACAUAUGUAGUGAUCAUAAGUAACAUAAAUUAUCAUUGCCAUUUUAAAUCCAAUAUGCAAUGGUUACUUGAAUUUUGUUUCCACAAGGUAGCUGAUUUUGACCAUGUUUACAGUAUCACCUAUAAGACUAUCAAACAUUUGGGAUUUCUACACACUAAUCUCUAAAGUAGACUUGUUAAGGGCUUAGUGUUAGGAUUUCUAAAUUGUUAGGACCUGAGAAUUGACAGAGUCCUGCAGAUUUCUACUAUUUACAUUUUUGCCUAGGUCACAGAAUCAAAUUCUGUACAUCAAAAUACAUGCAGUGCGUAUAACAUAUUAUUUCACUCUAAGGUGGUAUUAAAUUCAUGACUUUUUUUGCAUUUUAGCCAGAAUAAGGGCCAUAUCCAAUACUUCCUUAUGAUUUUUAAAAAUAUGUAAAAGUAAAAUCUGUGUUCCAUAAUAUCUAGAUUAUGUAUUUUUCAACCUGAAUUCUAAAUAAGUUUUUAAAAGUCCAUAUUUUUCUAAUGACUUCAUCUUACAUUAUUAUAUUGUGUUGCAUGAAGAGGCAGAGAACUGUAUUUAAGUCUGUAUGGAUCAUACAGAGCCAUGAAAUAUGUCAAGUUUAUUAUAUUUGUAUAUGGUUGCAGAUGAGACUGUUCCUACUUAAAGGAAAACAUGGCCACUUGUAUUUUGAAAUGAUUUUUUAAGAAAUGCUUUUAUACAAACAGAUUUUAAAAUACAUUUUGUUUUGGGUUUCUUCAUAUUUUUACUUGUAUCAUAAGUCAUGUGUAUAGUUUUUCACAAAUGUAACAUUGGACCAUUACAUAAUGUUGAAUAUUUGCAUUAAGCUUCUUGAGCUGUUUAGACAUUAACAUGAAGACAAAUCAUUUUUGAGUUCCUUUUUUUUUUUUCAAAAAAUUAUGUUCUAUGACUUUAUUAAAUAAAGAUGAAAUCCAGAAAAUUAA